UAUCCAAUUUUACUGUGUGGUCAAAUGAAACAAACUCUCGGGCCAUAUCAAGGCAUUUGCUAUUCCGACAGUGGUAGUCCUCUUGUUUUUGAGAACAAAGUCAUUGGUAUUGUGAGUACGGGACCAAAUGCAAUAUGUAAUGAAUCACAAAGUCCAGCAGAAUACACCAAAGUUUCGGAGUUUUUGGACUUAAUUAACAGUGUUAUUGAUAAUAAACCACUGGGUGACAUAGUAUUAACUAAAUAUUACUAAUCUAGCUGCAGUUAUAUCAAUGGCUUAAAAAAUUCAAAAAUUGCACCCGUUAUAUCAUAAAUUAGCAGGAAAGAUUAAUAAACCGAAAAAUAGUUAAUAAGACCAAAAUCAACUGUAAUGGUUAGAAUGACGUGU